UGUUAUUUCAAUGGUAUCGGUGAUUGAUUGCAGUUUUUGAUUCGUUUUCGACAGUUUCCUUCUUUCAAUUUCUGAUUGUUUUUAUCUUUGAAAAUCAAUUGUCAAAUCGAAUGCCCAAGACCUAUAAACUAGCAAUUCUAAUUUUUGUACUACUUUUUGUUUUUGGGAUUGUCUCCUUUCUGGUGUCAUCAUUAUUUUGUUAUUUUUAUGACUUCUCAAACUCAGUGCAAUCACCAUCAGUGCUCCAUAGAAAACGAAUUAUAGGAUAUGUUUCUAGUGACGAGGGAUCAGAAAUAACAAUUAAACAGCUAGAGAAACUAACUCAUGUUAUUUUUGCUUUUAUCUUGGUCCACAAGGACGGAACUAUCAAAUUCAAAUAUGGCACAAAAGAUGGAUUUUUUGAUAUGAAAAGAAAAUCGAUGGAGUUGAAUCGAGGGCUGAAAGUGAUGGUUUCAAUUGGUGGUUAUGAAUCUUCCCCGCUAUUUUCUGAUGUGCUAGUGAAAAAGAAAAAAAAACUAAUUGCUUCCAUUGCCUUACUUGUAAAAAAGUUUGACCUGGAUGGUGUUGAUAUAUUCUGGAAUUGGCCUUCUAUUACAGAUCAAUCGAAUUAUUUGAUUUUCAUCCGAGAACUUCGAAAAAAGUUGACAAAUUUGAAAGAUGAGAAUGGAAGAUCAAAUGAGUAUGUUAUCAGUGUUAUUGCUCCAAGUUCAAGCUCACACUCGGAAUAUCCUUACAAGUGGACAGAAAUCUUGGAAAAUGUUGAUUUUAUCAAUGUGAUUACUUUUGAAUAUUUCUAUGAAGCUAACAAGAUUGGACCACAUUCCCCUCUCUAUGGUGGCUCGUUUGGAAACGUAGACGAUACAUUGAAAUACUUGAUAUGUCGGACCAGAACACCAAACAAAUUAAACAUGGUGGUAUCAUUCAAUGGAAUUUACUGGGGUAACACUACACUUCCAUUCGACGAUAAAGGUGUAUGGAUCCCGGACGAUUCGGCACAAGGACCAUACUCGUACGGAUGGAAACAAUUCGCACGGAUGUCUCAUGGAUUCGACCAAAAUGAUUUUGAAUGGAAUGAGGAAACAAGAACCCCGUAUAUUUGGAAAGCGGAUACACAACAAUUUUUGACAUUUGAAAAUGAGAAAAGUUUGACAGAAAAGAUGAACUACGCAGUUGCACACAAUAUUGGAGGAGUAGCAAUGUACACGAUUGAUGAUGACGAUGAGGAAAAUACUCUUCUCAAUGUUGUGGUCACGAAUCUUCCAAGUUUAAAGAAAAGUGGAGGCGAAACUAAAUACAACUGCACUCGAUAAUUAAUGUUUGAAGAUUGUUCGAUUCAAUUAAUGUUCAGUAAAUGCUCAAAAGUGUUAGAAGUGA